AUGGGCGCGGGAUGCUGCUCCGACGAGCCUACCAAGGACCAUGGAUGCGCGGGUCCUGCAAACGGUAGUGACCAUGGGCAUGAACAUGACGAUAAUCUCAUGCCUGACGACUGCUGUGCCGGCGACAGAGCAUGCGACGAUGCCUUGGAAGUGAACUGCCUGGAUGAGAAUUGCGAUGCCGAAACCUUUUGCGAUUCCGAGGAUGAUUCGACCUGCCGUUCUGUCAAGCUCGAGUGCUGCACCUCCAAGGAAGAGCACUGCGAUGAGAAGUGUAUCAUUGCUGCUGCCGCCGUCGAGUGCGAGAAAUCAUGCGAAGACGACGCUGCUCACGAUGGUGCCCACGAGCAUUCACAUGACAAGGAUGGCCGCCAUCCAGCCUCUGCUUGCAGCACCCAUCUCUCCAAGGCUUUCGAGCAGUACAGCGCCUAUCUCGAGUCGGCCCGUUGCAUCUGCCGCAGCAUUCUCGAUCGCGGUCUCCCAACCGCCUGCUGCAGCGAGCAAAAGCCCGUUCUCACAGCCGCAGCCGCUCCUGUGAAGUCUUCCGCUGGGAAGAAGCGACGCGAGCCUGCCGAGGCGCACACGACCGCGCAUGCCCAUGGCCAACACAAGCAUCAUCACCAUCACGGAAUUAAGCGACGUGGCAAUAAAUCGCAAGCCGCGCACGACCAUGACAUGGCCAUCAAGCCUGUUCGCGAUGAUCAGUCUGACUGCUGCAGCGGCCACGAUGUUGAAGCUCCUGGGUCCGCGUACGAGAAAGGAAAUCUUGCCAUUGAUGGCCACGUCGACAAGGAUAUCGAGAAGGAUGCUGGAUCCGAGCACGUUGCCCUCGUUGUCGACGGCAUGACCUGUUCCGGAUGCGGGAACAAACUUGAACGAACCCUCAAAGGGAUACCUGGAGUGUCUGGUGUACGAGUCAACUUUGUCAUGGGCAACGCCGAGUUCACCCUUGACGGAGCUGCAGGAAAGGCCGAAGAUAUCAUCCGCAACACCGAACGGGCGACAGGCUUCCAUUGCACUAGAAUGUCAAGCGAUGAUCAGACGCUGGACAUUCUCGCCUCAGGCCUGUCUGCUAAGGCGUUGACCGACCUGGCGAUCGUUGGUGUAAGCGAAGUGAGCUUGGUUGACAAAAGAACUGCGAGAGUCACAUAUGACCCAGCGAUCAUUGGAGCUCGAACGCUUUUCAACAAAAUAGGACCGCAUUCGACUGGACUAGCCCCCCCUCGCGAUGACCCGUCCAUUGCGAGUGGAAGAAAGAGGAUGUAUGAUCAACUGAUCAAGACGGCCGCCGCCGCCACUCUCACCAUUCCCGUCGUUGUUCUCGCCUGGGGCGAGAAGCUUGAACCCAAGACGCGCUCGAUUGUAUCGAUUGUGUUGGCAACUUUCGUUCAGCUCAUAGCGGUGCCAGACUUUUACAAACCAGCCAUAUCAUCUCUCGUGCACAGCGGCGCUAUUGAGAUGGACAUGCUGGUUGUCAUCAGCAUCACGGCUGCCUAUGUCUACUCGGUUGUAGGAUUUGGAUUCCAUAUGGCUGACCGGCCACUCGAUCCCCGCGAAUUCUUCGAAACGAGCACCCUCCUGAUUACGCUUGUACUUCUUGGCCGCUUGACGGCUGCUUACGCACGUAUUCGCGCUGUUGCUGCCGUGUCCCUGCGUUCGCUUCAAACGUCUACCGCUGUUGUCAUCGAAGAUGGAAAAGAUGUUGAAAUCGACGCCCGCCUCCUCCAGUACGGCGACAAGUUCAAAGUUCUUCCUCACUCGGUUGUACCUACAGACGGUCUUGUGGUCACUGGGUCCAGUGAGGUGGAUGAAUCCAUGCUGACUGGCGAGAGCGUCCCAGUCUUCAAGAAAACGCGCGACACUGUGAUCGCGGGCACUGUCAACGGAUCCGGCACUCUGGUUGCGCAGCUUACUCGUCUCCCUGGAAAAAACACCGUUACCGAUAUUGCCGAGCUAGUCGAAGAAGCAGCAAAUUCCAAACCGAGGAUCCAGGACAUUGCAGACCGUGUUGCAGGCUGGUUCGUCCCUGUCGUCACGGCCGUUGCCAUUAUUGUCAUUAUUGUCUGGACCGUCAUCGAUGUCAAAGUUCAUGGUGAACCGGCUGGAAAGUCGAUCUCCACUGCCAUCACCUACGCUAUUGCUGUCCUCGCUGUCUCUUGUCCUUGCGCGCUCGGCCUCGCAGUGCCAAUGGUCCUGGUUGUAGCCGGUGGAAUCGCCGCUAGAGGAGGUGUCAUCAUCAAAUCGGCCGAGUGCACCGAGAGGGCUCGAAAGGUCAGCGAUGUCGUAUUCGACAAGACUGGGACCAUAACUGAGGGCGAUCUUGACGUUCUCGAGGAAGAGAUCCUGCUUGCCGACCAUGACGAGGCUCGUGCCAUCACUAAAGCCCUCGUGACAGGCAAUAACCACCCCGUGUCUACGGCCCUGGCGAAAUAUCUUGCCUCGAGGGCAACCCGCGAGGUGAAGGUUACUGACCCUCGAGUUCUCCCUGGCGCAGGUGUUGAAGCAAGCUACAAUGGCCACAAAGUCUGUGCUGGAAACCCCUCGUGGACUGAAGCCAAUGCUCUGCCCUCCGUCAUCCGUUUCCAAGAGUCGAACAUGACGAUCCUGGUCGUCACCAGUGACUCUACACCUAUCGCCAUAUUUGGACUGCGCACACGUUCUCGUCCGGAAGCAAAGAAAGUUAUUGCUCAGCUCAUCCGCCAAAACAUUGCCGUUCACCUGGUCUCCGGCGAUCAAACCCACGCCGUUGAAUCUGUCGCCGCCCAAGUUGGCAUUCCCAAUGUGGCAUCUCGUCGCACGCCGUCGCAGAAGCGUGAUUAUGUUGCCUCGUUAAUGUCAGAGGGCAAGAUCGUCAUGUUUAUCGGCGACGGAACCAACGACGCUGUGGCAGUCACUCAGGCUGAUGUGGGCGUUCAACUUGGUAGUGCAGCUUCAGCCAGCGACGUCACCCGCGGAGCCGCUGACGUGGUCCUCCUUGCAGGUCUCGAGGGUAUCCCCUUCGUGCUUGAGGUCAGCCGCGCCAGCUUCCACCGCAUGGUGUUCAACUUUGUCUGGUCGGCCGUAUACAACGUGCUCGCGAUCUUGCUUGCUGGAGGCGCCUUCGAGCCCGUCAACUUCAAGAUUCCUCCCGCAUAUGCGGGAUUGGGCGAGAUGGUCAGCGUGAUCCCGGUCAUCGUCGCGGCACUGACAAUGUUGGGAAAGAAGAUCCGGACCGAGGCCUAA